UUAAAAGAUGAAGAACUUUAUCCGUGCUUUGACAUUGACAUUCACUGUUUUUAUUUUAAAGAAAUUAUGACCGUAGUAGAAUUUUUCGGUUGUACCUUUGUGGCUUUCGGGCCCCCUUUGGCCAUGUUCACCUUCACAAUAGCCCACGACCCCGUAAGAAUAAUCAUACUAAUUGCGGCUGCCUUCUUUUGGUUACUCUCGUUGUUAUUAUCGUCGUUAUUAUGGUUCGCGGUGGUGCCCUUGCGUAAAGACUUAGUUUUCGGACUGAUAUUCUCUGUGUUGUUUCAAGAAGUGUUUAGGUAUAUCAUUUACAAAGUACUAAGGCGUGCCGAGGGCGGUUUAAUGAAAAUAACGGACGACCACGCCACAUUAAUUGACAACAAACAUAUACUGGCAUAUGUCAGCGGCUUGGGCUUUGGAAUCAUCAGCGGAGCAUUCUCUCUGGUGAACGUCAUCGCUGACGCAGUAGGCCCUGGUACGAUGGGACUGAAAUCGGGCACCGAGAUGUUUUUCCUCACAAGUUCCGCGACAAGUCUCAGUUUUAUUUUGCUUCACACCUUCUGGAGUGUGAUAUUCUUCCAUGCAUGUGAUAAUGACAAUAAAGUUCAAGUUGCAUGUGUUGUGGGGUCACAUUUGUUGGCGUCUUGCUUAACUCUUUUAAAUAGAUACCAAGUUUAUGUAGCUUCUUUGUUGCCAUUGUAUGGUAUCCUAGCACUGACUGCUAUUUAUACCUUUAAAGUUGCUGGCGGUUCAUAUGCAUCCAUUAAAAAUUGCAUAUAUUUAAAGUAAAACAUUUAGAAAUUACGUUAAAUAUUUUGUAUAUUUGCCUUAAUUUAUUAUUUUAUAUGUCAUUCAAAAAUAAUUAUUAAAUUGUAAUCAAAAUUUGCCAAUUUUACUAUGCUGUCCUAGUCCUAGAAAUUUUUCAAUGAAAUGUAAUGCAAAUUAUGGGU